GGUCCCGCCGCCUCCACCCCCUGGCCUCGCGGCAGCCCCUGGCACGCGGCCGCCAGCGCAAAUAUUUUGGCCUCGGCCGCCGCACGCCGCCGGAGCCUCGCCAGCACCCGGGGCGGGGGGGAACCGCGGGGAUCUGGAAGCUUCCCUCGCCCCCGUCCCCUCGGCCUUAUAUAAAAGCGGCCGGCACACGGGGCGAGCGAGCGGGACGGGACCAUGCUGGGCGCCUGGCUGACGCUGCUGCUCGGGGGGGGCCUGGCCCUGGGCGCCCCGGGGGACACGGCCCUCUUCCAGCAUGCCGACGAUGCCGGCGGGCGCUGCACCUACACCUUCACGGUGGCCAGCCCCGGCGAGGUCAGCUGCCCGGAGGCCGGCGGCGUGUCCCAGCUGCGAGCCGAGCUGGCCGGCCUGGCCACCCGCCUGAGCCGCCUGGAGGGCCUGGGGGGCUUCGGGGGCUCGGGGCCACGGGGAGCAGAGGUGGGGGGCGCCUGGACGCGGGGUCCCCAGCGAGCGGCUGCAGGGGGCUGCGAGGAGUUGCUGCGGGACAAGGAGAGGCUGGAGGAGGACAAGAGGAGGCUGGAGAGGGAGAAAGAGGAGCUGAGCAGGAGGCUGGAGAGCAGCACCCAGGAGAUCGCCCGGCUCAGGGCCGCACGCUGUCCCCCUGGCACGGGGGGGCCCGGCCGUGACACCCUGCGUGCCUCCAGCAAAGCCCCCAGGUGGGAGCCGGAGCCCCUCGGCUACCAGGAGCUGAAGUCGGAGAGGACGGAGCUCCCCGCGUCCCGGCUGCUGGAGGAGACGGCGCUCGGCCGCCCGCGAGCCGAGGACUCGGACUGCGGCGAGCUGGCGUGGGUCGGGGAGCCGGUGGUGCUGGGCCGGGCGGACUCCAUCGCCGGCAAGUACGGGGUGUGGAUGAAGGACCCCGAGCCCGUGGCCCCCUUCACGCGGGAGACCACGUGGCGCGUGGACACGGUGGGCACGGAGGUUCGCCAGCUCUUCCAGUACGAGGCGGCCGAGCAGCUGGCCCGGGGCUACCCCGCCAAGGUGCACGUCCUGCCCCGGCCCCUGGAGAGCACCGGGGCCGUGGUGUACCGCGGCGGGCUCUUCUUCCAGCCGCGCCGGUCCCGUGCCCUGGCCCGCUACGACCUGCGGGCUGAGGCCAUCUCCACCGAGAGGGAGCUGCCCGGCGCCGGCUACCACGGGCAGUACCCCUACUCCUGGGGCGGCUACACCGACAUCGACCUGGCGGUGGACGAGACGGGGCUGUGGGUGGUGUACAGCACCGAUAAGGCCAAGGGGGCGAUCGUCCUCUCCAAGCUGGACCCCGAGACGCUGGAGAUCCGGCGCACCUGGGAGACCAACAUCCGCAAGCAGUCGGUGGCCAACUCCUUCGUCAUCUGCGGCACCCUCUACACCGUCAGCAGCUACUCAGCGCCCAACGCCACCGUCAACUUCGCCUACGACACGGCCACCAGCACCAGCCGGACCCUCAGCAUCCCCUUCGAGAACCGCUUCCAGUACCUCAGCAUGGUGGACUACAACCCGGCAGAGCGCCAGCUCUUCGCCUGGGACAGCUACAACAUGGUCGCCUACCCCAUCCGCCUCUCCCACGCGUGAGCGCUGACUGGGGACGCCGGGAGGACGCGCCGCGGUUGCUCCCAUCCGGGAACGAGCCGGCUCAGUCCCCUCGGUGCCUGCUUCAGCCCCGGGUGACGGUGGGGACCCCACUCUGCCCAACCGCCCCUCGGCAGGGCCACGAAUGCCUCCGCUGAUGCCUCCUGUGAAAUCCCGUUGUACUCCAAGGCAGCGAAGAGAAUUAAAGUGCUUCUCCGGAGCUUGGCUGAGCCAGCAAAACGCCUCCCACUCCGGGAGGCCAGUGCAAGAGCGGGACCAGUAAGGUGGCAUCUCCAGCUGGGGGCCUUGCUGCCUGCAUCCCCCCCCCUCCAGAGCCCGGGAGCCUCCGCGCUGCCUCUGCCUGCAGCUGGCCUCACCUCGCCAGCGGCUCUCCCACGCUGCUUCCAGAACCUGCGGUUUAAAAUAUUUAUUGUAGAAAGGCUGUAGGAGGCUUGUUCUCCCCCAGCUGGGGGGACACUCCAAUAAACAUCGCAA